UUCCUCCGCCGCCGCACCAUGAAGCGGCAGAACGUGCGGACGUUGGCGCUCAUCAUGUGCACCUUCACCUACCUGCUGGUGGGAGCCGCCGUCUUCGACGCGCUCGAAUCCGAGGAGGAAACGGCGGAGCGGCGGCGGCUGGAGGCGAAGAGCCAGGAGCUGAAGAACAAAUACAACCUGAGCGCCGAGAGCUACCGCGAGCUAGAGUGGGUCGUCCUCAAGCUGAAGCCGCACAAGGCCGGCGUCCAGUGGAAAUUCGCCGGCUCUUUCUACUUCGCCAUCACCGUCAUCACGACCAUAGGGUACGGCCAUGCGGCCCCGAGCACGGACGGUGGGAAGGUUUUCUGCAUGGUGUACGCCUUGCUGGGCAUCCCGCUCACCCUCGUCAUGUUCCAGAGCCUGGGUGAGAGGAUCAACACCUUCGUCAGGUACCUCCUGCACCGCAUCAAGAAGUGCCUGGGCAUGAGGCGGGCAGAGGUCUCCAUGGCCAACAUGGUCACCAUCGGGUUCUUCUCCUGCAUCAGCACCCUGUGCAUCGGGGCGGCUGCGUUCUCCUACUACGAGCACUGGAGCUUCUUCCAUGCCUAUUAUUACUGCUUCAUCACGCUCACCACCAUCGGCUUCGGGGACUACGUGGCCCUGCAGAAGGAUGAGGCCCUGCAGAACAAUCCUCAGUAUGUGGCCUUCAGCUUCGUCUACAUCCUGACGGGGCUGACGGUCAUCGGGGCCUUCCUCAACCUGGUGGUGUUGCGUUUCAUGACCAUGAAUGCCGAGGAUGAGAAGCGGGACGCUGAGCACCGGGCGCUGCUCACCCGCAAUGGGCAGGCCAGCAGUGUGCACACCACGGACACGGCCUCGUCCGCACCCACAGCAGUGGCAGCAGGGGGUGGUGGAGGUGGCCUCCGUAAUGUCUACGCUGAGGUGCUGCACUUCCAGUCCAUGUGCUCGUGCCUGUGGUACAAGAGCAGGGAGAAGCUGCAGUACUCCAUCCCCAUGAUCAUCCCCAGGGACCUGUCCACCUCGGACACCUGCGUGGAGCAGAGCCACUCCUCGCCCGGCCGCUGUCCUGAGACCCCUUCCAACCGAUGCUUCUGCAACGCCCGCCGGUCGGCCAUCAGCUCCGUCUCCACCGGCCUCCACAGUCUCUCGGCCUUCCAGGGCCUCAUGAAGCGCCGCAGCUCUGUGUAGACCUUGCUCUAUCACCCUCAUGUGUGCCCCAAGCUUCAUGAAGCUCCGUGUAGACCUCACUCCAUCAUCCCCAGUGUGCCCCAGUCUUCACAAAGCUCCGUGUAGUCCUCUCCCCAUCACCUCUCACGGUCCUCAGGCUCACAAAGCUUCAUGCAGACCCCGUUCCACUACCUCCGUGUGUCCCAGUCUUCAUGAAUCUCCGUGUAGACCUCACUCCAUCACCCCCAUGCACUCCAGGCCUCAUGAAGCUCCAUGUAUCGUAGAAUCAUAGAAUCAUUCAGGUUGGAAAAGACCUCCAAGAUCACCAAGUUCAACUGCCACCCAUCCCCACCAUGCUCGCUAACCAUAUCUCUGAGCACCACAUCUCCACAUUUCUUGGGCACCUCCAGGGACGGUGAUUCCACCAUCUCCCCAUACAGCCUGUGCCAGUGCCUGACCACUCUUUGGGAGAAGAAAUUGUUCCUAAUGUCCAGCCUGAAGUAGUGUAGACCCUACUCCACCAUUCCUGUGCACCCCAGGCCUCAUUGAGCCCCAUGUAGACCUCACUCCAUCACCACCCAUGGACCUCAAGUCCCACAAAGCUCAGCAUAGCCCCACUCCAUCAUCCCCCAUGUGUGACCCAGACUUCAUGAAGCUUCAUGUAGGCCAUGUUCCAUCACCUUCAUACACCCCAUGCUUCACAAAUCUCCAUGUAGAUCCCACUCUGUUACCCCCUGUGUACCAUCGACACUUUGGCCAAGAUCUGAUCUUGGUCACAACGUGAGGAACUUCCUCAUGUCCCAGGAUGUCUGGGGUCUGAUGCAGUGGGACUGCAGCCUCCAAGUGGGCUGGGACCUCAGGAUGUUAGGAUAGCUGCAGGAUCCUGGGGAAUCAGGAUGGCUUCAGGAGCCCUUGGUCCUGUCCAAGUCUUCGCCAAUUGUGACAGGAGAAAGAAGCAGGGGCCACCAGUUUAUUUUAUUUUAAU